CGCCGACCGUUUAGAUAGUGCUAAAAAAAAGUAAUGAAAAUUCUCGAUAAUGUAGUGGCGUUAAAAAUUGUGCAUGAUAGUUAUUUUAAGCAUAUAAAAUUUGAAAUUAAGUGAGUGUGGUGUAUCUAAUAAUCGAUUAUUUGUAAAAAAUAUUUCUUAUAAUAUGAGUUUUGUAGAUAUCGUUAAAUUAGCCAUGAAUUAUCUGAUGGGAUAUUUUAGCAGUAAUAAUCAAAACCCUCGUGACUCUUGUAAGCACGAAGUCAAUGAAAUCAAUGAAAUUGAUACGGAAGACGACGGAAUAACUGAAGUCUAUGGGUACAAGGAAAAUGCAGUACGAAAAAUCGUCGCGUACUAUUUGAUGUGGUUGAGCGGAGGAUUAUUGAAACUUAUUUUUUACUGGCUACCUCAUUUUCAAUUAUUAUUCACGCAUGAUAAGUGUUGCUUUUACGAUGCCGACUCGGUUUUACUUGUGAACCGCUUUCAGUCGAGACACACGACUUAUCAUGUCAGGAAAAUCGAAAAGAAAAAAAACAGCAUGUCGGAAAAUGCGAAUCACUAUCGAUCAUUCACCCCAUACUCCCUCUCGUUCGAGUUCAAAAAACUCACCUACGUCUACCAGGAAUUUGAAGGUAAAUUCGAAAAGUUGAGCGGCCUCGACCGCGACAGUACCAUCCACGAUCUGGGACUACUGGGUAAAUCCGGCUGCAUUCGGGAAACGGAACGGUCGACGCGACGCGACGUUUACGGACCCAACGAGCUGAGCUUACCGAGCGACGGUUUUACGACUCUAUUGAUAAGCGAAAUUCUCGAUCCGUUUUACAUUUUUCAGGCGUUCAGUUUCUGCUUGUGGAUCUUGGACGGUUACUACUGUUACGCCUUCGUUAUCUUAGCUACCUCGUGUUGCAGCAUCGUCGCGGAAGUGGUGCAAACGCAAAAUAAUCAGCGAAAGCUCCGUGAGACGGUGUCGUCUUCCAACGACGAGAUAACACUUUUUUACAACACUUUUUCGAAUAACACUCGAACAGUACCGAUCAAAGAAUUGAUACCCGGCGACGUGAUAGUUCUUUCAUCCUCUCAAAUUGGCAGUUCGAUGCCCUGCGACGCUUUCUUGAUCCAGGGCCAGUGCAUCGUCGACGAGUCCAUGCUUACGGGCGAGUCACUGCCCUUUGUAAAAACCAGCACUUCACGCAGCGCAGCGAAUCACGACCUCUACGAUGACAAAAAGCACGCUCGGCACACUCUUUACAGCGGCACGAAAAUCUUGCAAGUGAAAAACAUCGGUUGCGAGCGGGUGAUAGCCAUCGUUCUUCGCACUGGUUUUAGCACGACGAAGGGCAAAUUGAUACGCUCGAUUUUGUAUCCACCGCCGCUGGAUUACCAAUUCGAGCAAGACUCGUACAAGUUCGUUGGCUUACUGGCGAUCGUAGCUUGCUUCGGAGUCGCGUACACAUUUAUGACAAAAUUAGCAAGAGAAAUACCUUUGUAUCAUGUGAUACUCAAUGCACUCGAUCUCGUAACGAUCGUGGUGCCGCCAGCUUUGCCCGCAGCCAUGAGUAUCGGGAGAAUUGUCGCGCAAGGACGUCUGGAGGCGAAACGGAUCUUCUGCACGAGUCCGCGCAGUAUCAACGUAGCCGGCUCGAUCGAUUGCGUCUGCUUCGACAAAACUGGCACCCUCACCGAGCCGGACUUCAGCAUGCGAGGAGUCGUUCCCUGCAACGGUGACACCCGCCAAUUUCAACCGAUCGUUAUCGAUGCAUCAUCGCGCGAGCUCGAUUCGAACGAGCAUCUGACGAUCGGUAUGGCCAGCUGUCACUCCAUCGUGACGAUCGACGGCCAGUCGCUCGGGGAUCCGCUCGAUUUGAAGAUGUUCGAAUUUACCGGAUGGAAGCUGAGUCGAAGCAGCGAGUCCGAAUUAUCUUGCAUGGAAGUGGAAUCACCCUAUCGAUUCGCGCGAGUUGGAGUCGUCAAGCAGUUUUCGUUCUGCUCGGGGCUGCAGAGAAUGAGCGUCGUAUCAAAACGUUCGGAUACGAACGAAUACUGCGUUUAUUGCAAAGGAAGUCCGGAAAUUAUUCUGAGCCUGUCGAAAGCUGACACUGUACCCGAGGAUUACAAUAGUAUCCUUCAUCGGUACACUUCGGCGGGCUACAGAGUGAUCGCCCUGGCGUUCAAGACCCUGCGUUCAACUCGCAAUAUCGAAACGAUGGAACGCGACGAGGCCGAAUCGGCGCUCAUUUUUCUGGGCUUCGUCGUUUUUGAGAAUCGUUUGAAAGCCGAGACUGCCAGCGUGAUAGAUAAGCUGAACGAGGCUGCGAUCAAAGUCGUCAUGGUCACCGGUGACAAUGAAUCAACUGCUUUGACGGUCGCCAAAAAUUGCGGCAUCGUCCGUGCCGAUUCGCGGGUCGUUAAAGUCAACAUCGAUGAAUGUUCAAAUAAUGUAUAUUUUACGAAUCAUUCGGAUGAAAAAUCUUCAACUAAAUCUGAAUUCUCGUUGGAUACUGAUUACUCUAGGAGUGCGAAUCAAGAAUGUCUCACUAAAAAUAAUGUCGUAUUUUCGCUCACCGGAUCCACGUGGGUGCAAUUGAAACGAAUAAAAGGUUCAGAAGGGCUUCAUAAUGUAAUACGACGUGGGGCUGUUUUUGCGAGGAUGUCACCCGAUCAUAAGCAGCAACUCGUGGAAGAACUACAAAAUCUCGACUAUCGCGUGGCCAUGACCGGCGACGGCGCGAACGAUUGCGGCGCGCUGCGAGUCGCCCACGCCGGCAUCUCGCUGUCCGACAGCGAGUCGUCGAUCGCCGCGCCCUUCACCAGUCGAGGCGACAGCAUCGCGUGCGUCCUCGACGUCGUCAGGCAGGGCCGCGCCGCCCUCGUCACGUCCUUCGGCCUGUUCAAGUACAUGGCGGCCUACUCGCUCACCCAAUUCCUGUCAGUGCUGCUGCUCUACUCGGUCGAGUCGAAUCUCACGGACGUUCAGUUCCUCUACAUCGAUCUCUUCGUCAUAUCCAGUCUGGCCUUCUUCUUCGGCCAGACCGAGGCCCUGGACGAGGAAGACAGUCCGAUGCACCGGAGGCCACCCACCGAUCGCCUCUUGAACGCCGAGACGAUGCUCGGUCUCGGGUCGCAGAUGCUGCUCGUCGGCCUGUUACAAUGUUACAGUCUUUGGGAGCUGAGAAAUGAAGAAUGGUUCGUACCGUUCGACGCCAAUGUAAACGAUGCUCUCGUUGAGGAAUCAGCGAGCGCGGGCUGCUACGAGAAUUACACCGUUUUCGUGGUCAGCUCGUUGCAGUACGUCAUACUGGCCAUUGUUUUUUCGACGGGCUGGCCUUAUCGCAAACCUGUUUGGACGAAUCGCGAGUUUAUGAUAUCGUCGAUCACUCUCGCUGCUUUCACAGUUUAUUUAGCCAUUGGUCCCUGCGCAAUUUUGGCUGGUUGGUUCGAGUUGGUUGUACCGGAAGAGCUCAAUUUUAAAUUUACUUUAUUGACUAAUGCCGCAAUGAAUUUCUUUCUUGCGCUGUUCACUGAUUAUUUGACUCAAAAAUUAUCAUUGUAUUAAAUGGUGGAUUA